UAGUACCUGUUGUGCCUCCAGCAACAUUUAGAGCAGCCACGAUGGAUAAACCCUCUACUGCUCCUCCACACACCUCCCAUCCCACAAUAGAUGUGCCUUGACGGCCCCCGUCUGCAUCCCCCUCUCCACAGCCCUGUUCCAUCCUGUCUACAUAAUGUCUCGUACAGACUACAAAAAUGGUGCCAUUUCUCAAACAGACUACACAUAUGGCCAACUCUGCCCCAUGGAAGUUAAGAACUACAGGAAAAGACCCACAAUGCCUUGUUUGGACGAUGUGGAUGACGGUCACAUAAUCCUGCCCAGUGUCCUGGAGGUGAGGCGGGUUCCUCUGUGGCCAUUGGGCCCCCUGAGGAGUGUCACAAAGGUCAAGGUUAUCAGCUUCCUGCUCGGACUGACGUUGACCUUCCUCAUUAUGGCUUCUUACGUCUUGACCUUGGAUAAAAAGGGUCUGAUGCUGACACCGCCACCGUUCCACCUCAGUACUAUAGUCAACCCCAGCAGCACCAUCUCCCCUAACCUGUCCUCUACCAAGGACUAUGUCAACAUUAAGCUCCUGGUGAAGUGCAUUACAGCUAAGCUUGAGUUCAGCCCAAGGAAGCUGCCUCUUCUGAAGGAUGUGGUCAAUAGUGACUCUCAUUUGUUUUCCAUUAUUCCUCGUCAGUUCCUCCCCAAUAUCAAGAGUCCAUGCUGGUAUGAGGAGCUCUCUGGGAAAACCAAAGUGGAUCCUUACAGGAAAAACUUGUAUGCAGUUCGCUCCAAGACAUUCCGGACUGUCUGUGACUACCUGAGGAAUAAUUUCCAGGAACACUUGUCCCACAGCUUCAACGACAAGCAAUACCGCCUGCGCUGUCUGCCAUAUUUCUACAUCAUUGGCCAGCCCAAAUGUGGCACAACGGACCUGUUUCACCGACUGCUGCUACACCCGGAGGUCAAGUUCACCACCAUGAAAGAGCCCCACUGGUGGACAAGGAAAAGGUUUGGUAUCAUCCAUCUUAAAGACGGCCUCCUGGAGCGCUUCCCUGUGGAGGACUACCUGGACCUUUUUGACUUGGCUGCCUACCACAUCCAGCAGGGAAUACUGGGGAAUACCUCUGGAGAUGACAGCCAGCGACACCUCAUCACAGGUGAAGCAAGCGCAUCCACGAUGUGGGACAACCAAGCCUGGAGCUAUCUCUAUGACAACCGGGUGGAUGGGGAGCCUCCUUUCCUGGCCCAGGACUUCAUCCACACUGUUCAGCCCAACGCUAAAAUCAUCGUCAUGCUCAGAGACCCAGUAGAGAGGUUGUAUUCAGACUACCUGUACUUCAACAUGGCUAACAAGUCAGUGGAGGACUUUGACCAGAGGGUCUCAGAAUCUUUACAGCUGUUUGAGGCUUGUUUAGCAGAGAGCUCCAUGCGUUCCUGUGUCUACAAUACUAGACUCUCCAAUGCCAUGCCGGUCAGACUGAACCUGGGACUAUAUGUUGUCUUCCUGCUGGACUGGUUGACUGUCUUCCACAGGAAUCAGAUCCUAGUGCUGCAGUUAGAAGACUACGCUGCCAAUCUGAGACUCACCAUAAAUAAAGUCUUUGACUUCCUAAACGUGGGGCCUUUAUCUGAGCAGACCGAGGCAGCUCUCACCAAGAGGCCCAUGUCCAACACACGGAGGGCAGCAGACAGGAGCUUGGGCCCCAUGUUGCCCAGCACCAGGGACCUCCUCAGGGUGUUCCACCAGCCAUUCAACCACAAACUGGCCACAGUCCUGGACAACAAGGCCUUCCACUGGACAGAGAUAUGAGGAAUGUCUUAAUCAGAGAUGGAUACAGUCCUGAGGAGUAAGUCCCCCAUGGUCCUAUGAGUCCUAUGAGGUAAACUGUCAAGUGGGAUAAACCAUGGACAUGACAUGUCACAAUGGGCAAAUGUAUAGACAAUAAAAUGGCUGAGGUACUGAACAAUGCAUCUGUCUAGUACUUUUUAAAAUAACCUCUAUUUAAUUAGGCAAGUCAGUUAA